GGAGCUGUGACAUGGCGGCGCGCAGCGGCAAUAAGUUCUCGGUGCUGCUGCCCACCUACAACGAGCGCGAGAACCUGCCGCUCGUCGUGUGGCUGCUGGUGCGCACGUUCCGCGAGAGUGGGACGGACUUCGAAAUUAUUGUCAUAGAUGAUGGCAGCCCGGACGGGACGCAGCAGGUUGCCGAGCAGCUGGAGGCGAUCUAUGGGUCGGAUAAAAUCCUUCUAAGACCCAGACCAAAGAAGUUGGGCCUUGGCACUGCCUAUAUCCAUGGAAUGAAGCACGCCACUGGGAAUUUUAUUGUUAUUAUGGAUGCUGACCUAUCUCACCAUCCAAAAUUUAUUCCAGAGUUCAUCAGAAAGCAGAAAGAAGGCAAUUUUGAUAUUGUGUCUGGAACAAGGUAUAAAGGAAAUGGAGGAGUAUAUGGCUGGGAUUUGAAAAGAAAAUUGAUCAGUCGUGGUGCCAAUUUCAUAACUCAGGUUUUGCUGAGGCCAGGUGCAUCAGAUUUAACAGGGAGUUUCAGGUUAUACAGAAAAGAAGUCUUACAGAAAUUAAUGGAAAAAUGUGUUUCUAAAGGCUACGUCUUCCAGAUGGAAAUGAUUGUUCGGGCCAGACAGCUAGGCUAUACGAUUGGAGAGGUUCCCAUUUCGUUUGUUGACCGUGUCUAUGGAGAAUCUAAACUCGGAGGCAAUGAAAUAGUCUCCUUCUUAAAGGGACUCUUGACGUUGUUUGCUACCACAUAGGAUUUGCUGCUAAAUUCCUUUCUUUAGAAAAACACUUUCUGCCAUCACUAUGGUUCCUAGCAUGCAGCAGCAGGAGUUUGAUAACUUCCCUGGUGACCUGAAGACCUGCUAUAAACUAACAGUUAAACGAACCAAGAAUAAUUAACUAAAUGGACUGUAUUGCAAAAUGCACCUUUCAAAACAAACUAUGUGAAACUAGUCAAAAUAAAGGCAUAUACCCUAUACUGCUUUUGUAUAAAUAAUAUCUUAAUAGAGAACGCAAACAGCUGAAUGAUCUUUUGCAUUUAGAAAUGAACCAUUAUUCAGCAGAAGUUUAAAGAUGAUUUUUGAACUAAAGACAUGCAGGGUCAUAAACAUAGAGAUUUCUUAUCUUUGUUCUGUGUUCUGCUGAUAGUAUUUUUAGUAUAUAACAGUGAGUUGGCUUUCUUUCCUCAACAUGGACAUCUGUGGUUCUUAGAGUUGAGCAAAGGUGCUUUUCUGAAACUGAUGACAACUCGUGUUGUCCAAGAAAUACAGAUAAAUACAGUGAUCUUUGAAAACUUAUUUCAAAGCUGGAAGGAUGGAAUUUUCUUCGGGUAAGAAAGAAUCAUUCUGGAAUAUUCUUGUAUUCUGUGUGCACGUCCAGAAAUAAAUGAUUCUUUUGUCCUAUUUUUUUAAUAAUCUAAAACAAGAAUGUAAUGUCUUGCCCAUGUUAGGGUGAUAGAAGAUCCACAUCACCUCACCAAAGACAUCAGAGAGAUUCUUCUUGUGUCAGAUAACAUUUUGCAAUGUAACAGCUGUACAGCUGAUGAAAGAAAUACGGCAAUGUAAUCCUGUUUGUGUUUCACCAUUUGAUGUAGUCAGAAAUCAGAAGUGGUGAAGCCCUUGCAAUCAAAUACGCAUCUUGGGAACAAAAGUAAAAAUAAGUUUAAAAAAAACAAGGGGGCAAAAUUAUAAAUAAAGUUAAAUUAUUCUGAUAAUGGCUUUGUAUGUACGAAAAUACAUCCUUAAGAUUUUUUGGUGGUGGGAAAGGAUAGUUCUUUGUUUUCUGAAAUGUGUACUCAGUGGGAGAGGAGAAUCAGCAUGUCUCUUAACAGUUGUACUUAUUUAGAUUGUAUCUGUUUACAUUCCUGUAGUAUAUUAAAUGUGGUUGUUAACAUUCAACAAAUGUAGCAAGGCUGCAGGUAAAUGAUAAAAUCCUAUUUCAGAUAACUAGAUAAA